CUCAGUACUGGGGUCAAGACGUCACCUCCUGUCCCCAGAUAGGAGGUGAAGGAAGAAGGCAGCAUGAAAUCCCUCUGCAGACAGCAAAGUCUCCAGCACUGGUGUGAUGGGGGAUGGGGUAAGCUUCUCUGUAAUGUGUUUGUUCCAGGGCAGAAGUGUCCAGCACAGUGGGCUACUGCUGAGGGCAGGUCCUAUCUCUUUUCUCCUGAGAAAGGAACUUGGGAACAUUGUAAAUCCUCCUGCAUGUCUCAGUCUGCCCGGCUGCUCAGCACUCAGAAGAGAAAAGAGCUGGAUUUCAUAAAACAAGAAUUAUAUCAAUAUUAUGAAAAUCGUAAAGGUGUUCUCUGGUACUACCCAUUCUGGAUUGGACUGUCAUAUGAUCCUGGAUCCAGGAAGUGGGUCUGGGAAGACAACACAGCUCUCUCCUCUGGCCUGUUUGAUCUCCAAGAUCUCAGUCAUCAGAAUGAUCAGGGCAGAGUUUGUGCCUAUGUCCAAGGUGGGAAAGCUAAGCCUGGAGGCUGUGGAGAAACUCACUUUUGCAUUUGUGAGAAGGGAAAAAAGUAGAGAGACAUUAAUGGGAAAAAAAGUGGGAAUGCCAGCCUGAGAUGCUACAUAGACACAGGAAAACAUCAUUUCUUUCUGCCCGCUCUGGACUUUUGUGUGUGUGCCUGUUUCCUGGAUCUCUCACCCCAGCAAUGAAGCUGCCUGUACUGGAGCCAACAGACAUGGGCAGGGCCCUUCUGCUUACAUCCCCAGAUCCCACUUUCUUGGUUUGUAUUUUGAGCAUGUGAUGGCAACCACUUGGGAAAAGAGAAAGUCCUAAGAGGCAACGGUGUGUAUGGCCAUAGGAGCAUCACAGGCCCCUGGAAAUGAGACUGCCAUCCUGCAGUGACUGCCCCUGCCCAGGCACAGACUGGGCGCCCCCUGCUCUUUGCAAAGCAGGCUCUGGUCGUGCCCAAGUGCCGGAGCUACAGGGCCUGGUUUCUGUUCAUUCCCUUGGGGAGACUCCAUGUCCUCUAUAUGUUACAGGAAUUAUACCUUGCUUCUGAAAUA